AUGAGAUCUUUUUUGAAACUAACCUUCUUUUUGUUAAUGACAAUCUGGGUUUCCUCUAAAACCUGUAAAGGUCGUGUCUUUACUUUCAAGAUGCACCACAGGUUCUCUGAUUCAUUCAAGAACUGGUCAGGUCUGACUAGAAACUGGCCUGAAAAAGGAAGUUUUGAAUACUAUGCAGCUUUGGCUCAUCGUGAUCAGAUGUUAAGGGGGCGCAGACUCUCUGAUGCUGAUGCAUCUUUGGCAUUCUCUGAUGGGAAUUCAACCUUUAGAAUCAGCUCUUUGGGUUUUUUGCAUUACACAACGGUGGAAUUGGGGACACCAGGAGUGAAGUUUAUGGUGGCACUUGAUACAGGAAGUGAUUUGUUUUGGGUGCCUUGUGAUUGCAGCAAAUGUGCACCUACUCAGGGAGCUAGUUAUGCUUCUGAUUUUGAGCUUAGUAUAUACAGCCCAAGACAGUCAUCAACAAGCAAAAAGGUCACCUGCAACAAUGAUUUGUGUGCACAGCGAAAUCGCUGCCUUGGAACAUUCAGCUCCUGCCCUUACAUGGUCUCUUAUGUCUCUGCUCAAACAUCUACUUCUGGGAUUUUGGUAGAGGAUAUUCUGCACUUGACAACAGAAGAUGGUGGAAGAGAAUUUGUUGAAGCGUAUGUCACAUUUGGUUGUGGACAGGUUCAGAGUGGUUCAUUUCUGGACAUUGCUGCUCCCAAUGGUUUAUUUGGGCUGGGCAUGGAGAAGAUUUCUGUUCCUAGUGUCUUAUCGAGGGAGGGAUUGAUAGCGGAUUCUUUCUCCAUGUGCUUUGGACAUGAUGGAAUUGGAAGAAUCAGUUUUGGGGACAAGGGUAGUCCUGACCAGGAAGAGACCCCGUUUAAUGUGAACCCAACACACCCAACCUAUAACGUUACUGUGACUCAAGUUCGAGUAGGAACUACAUUAAUUGAUAUAGAGUUCACAGCUCUUUUUGAUUCCGGGACUUCUUUUACGUACAUGGUUGACCCAGCCUAUUCAAGGGUCUCAGACAAUUUUCAUUCACUGGCACGAGAUAAGCGGCGUCCACCUGAUUCCAGGAUUCCUUUUGAAUAUUGUUAUGAUAUGAGUCCUGAUGCAAAUGCGAGUUUGAUACCCAGUAUGAGUUUAACAAUGGAAGGAGGAAGGCAUUUUACUAUCUAUGAUCCAAUAAUUGUGAUCUCGACUCAGAACGAAAUUGUUUAUUGCUUGGCCCUUGUCAAGAGCACAGAACUCAAUAUAAUUGGGCAAAACUUCAUGACUGGUUACCGUGUUGUAUUUGAUCGAGAAAAACUUGUCUUGGGAUGGAAGAAGUUUGAUUGUUAUGAUAUGGAGGAUGAUAGCAAUUUCCCACUAGAACCACAUGCUUCCAUUCCUCCUGCAGUUGCAGCUGGACUGGGUAGCAACUCUAGUACAGGAUCAACAAAAGAGGCCAGGAAAGAAUCUCAAAGUUCAAUUGCAUCCCCAUAUUGCUAUAGCCAUACUUUUGUUUUGACUAGCUUGAUAUCUGUCUUCCUUUUACAUCUCUUAUUAUAG